UUCCAUUUAAUCACCUCCCCUUCUACCAAAAAAGCUUCCAAAUCAUUAGCAUUAACACAACUACUCCAAAUUUCCCUCGAGAAAAUGUGCUACGGCAGUCAACAAUUCCCGUCAAAAGGCGCCUUAACCAACCCGACCCGGACCCGAACUACACCGCCGGCGAACGAGAAUACCGUAGUAGUCAAUAACCUCCGAGACCGGUUAGCCGAGACGGAGGCGCGACUUGAGCGAGCCAGGGCUCGAGAAGCUGAGCUGAGCCGCCAAUUAGAGGAGAUGAAGCGGUUCGUUUGCGUUAUGGAGAUCCUCGAAUGUUACCUCAAGCGCCGUUACAGCGAACAGCAAGUUAAAACCCUUGCUGUUGUUAGCAGGAGUAAAAUUGUAUAGGAAAAAAGGUAAUUUGAAAGUAAAGAAGGGUAAAUUUGUCUUUUAUUUCUUGUGAUUAAUGAUUUAGGGUUUCAUGUUUGGGAUUUUUUCAUGUAAUCAUGUGUUUUGUAAUUUAUGUCGCUCGGACUUUUGAAAAUACCACCGGGUGUAUCGGAUCCUCCAAAAGCAGUGUAGUUUUGGAGGAUCCGACAUGUAGUUUUGGAGGAUCCGACAUGGGUGCGAUAGCAUAUGGGUGCGAUAGCAUUUUGGGAAGUCCGUGCAACAUAGUUUGUAAUCUUAUAUUCGUCAGUGUUAGAUAGAAUAGUAAAUCAAUUGAACUUGAAAUAAACUUCGGUUGUACUGUUGUAUGUCUUUAGCUUGGUGUUAAUAUGGAUGUUAAAUAGUUGAGCUAAAUAGUAUAGUAAAUUGUUGAAAGUGAAGUUCCAUGAGUAGCUGAAGAGAAGUUGUCUGUGCAAGGCUUUUAGUUAAAAGUUGAUUUUUAUAUGAGGUGAUUUCUUCCUUAUCUGUCUUGCCUAAGCCAUGUUUGGUAGAGUUGUCCGAGCUUUUUACCUUGGAAAAUCAUACAAUUACCUCCUGGGGUGUUAGCCGCACCCACGAAUGAUAUAAAUACUAUUGUUGCUUAGGCUUUGGCUUUCCUCACAUCAGUGGCAUAUUUCUACGUGUGUCUUACAAAAAUUGCCUUGUUGGCCACCGCUUGCUGACGACGGAACGCAUCGCCAAUUAAAGGGUCCUCGCCUUGGACUUAGUUGGAAAGGUAGGUGUUCGGCUUGUCCCUUGCUUGCGAACUUCUUUAGUAGGGCGGAGGUGUCACUCCUCACGUUUACUGGUACUUGUGCUGAUGGAAGGUAACAUAUAUAUGUGCGGUGGAAUAGUCAAGGUGCACGGAAGUAAGUUUGGUCACUGCCAUCAUAAAAAAAAGAGGUUGUGUUUCCGCAAGAAAACUAUCUUGACCACAGUGGUUUAGGAUUCAACAAGAAAUUGCUAAAAUGCAAAAGUUGGUAUUUAGAUUGUCACUUAUAAUUUCUUUGUUAGAAGAUUAUAGGUUUUGAGUAUUUUCCCAACAAGGUUUAGUGAAUCAAACAGUGGAAAUGGAUGUUUUAUGUCCAUUGGUCAUUGAAUCAAAUAAUGUAUAUGCAGGCUUGGGCAGUGAUA